UCCAUCUAUCUAUCAAACAACUCGUGAUUCGUGAACGUGAACAACUCGAAAACGUAAACAGUGGUAAACACAGUUUUGAUUGCAUUUCCAACGGGAAUAUUCGUUUUAUAGAACUGAAAAGUGUAAUAAUUAUUUUAUAAAGUUAAGACUUAUAUUGAAUGAUAAAAUGGACAUGCAGGAGUUUUGCCGAAAGUUACCCAAAGUGGAACUUCAUGCACAUUUAAACGGUUCGUUAAGUGUGAGUACGUUGCAAAAAUUAUGUAAAAUGCAUCGCUCAGGCAUUGCUUCCGAUCAAGCUUGUAUGGAUACUACUAAUUUCUCAUCUUUAAGCGAAUGUUUUAAAAUGUUUGACAUAGCGCAUGCACUAACAAUUACACCACAGGCCGUAUUUGUUGCUACUUGCGACGUGAUAAAAGAGUUUCACGAGGACAAUGUGAUUUAUUUAGAAUUGAGAAGCACACCUCGUGCUGUAAAUGAUUUAAUGACAAAAACAGAGUACCUUGAAGCUAUAAUAAAAGCUAUGGAAGCAUCCAAAUCUGAGUUUCCACAAAUUCUUGUAAAACUACUAGUGUCAAUUAAUCGAAAACAAGGUUACGAAUCUGCAGAAGAAAAUAUAAAUCUUGCUAUACAGUUUAUAGAGAAAUAUCCAGGAUAUGUUGUGGGUAUUGAUCUUAGUGGCGAUCCAACAGCAGGCGAUUCAUUUUUAGAGUUAUUAGAAAAGUCCAGGAAAGUCGGCCUUAGUAUUACGGCUCAUUGUGCUGAGGUGCCAAAUGAAGUGGAAACAAACGAUAUUUUAAAAUUUAAACCUGAUCGAUUGGGACAUUGUACUUGCAUUCAUCCUAGUUUACAAGGUUCUCAACAAUUGUUUAAUAUGUUAUUGGAAUCCAAAAUUCCUGUUGAAUUAUGCUUGACAUCAAACAUUAAAUGUAAAACAGUACCGUCUUAUAUGUAUCAUCAAUUUAAAUAUCUGUACAAAGCUGGACAUCCUAUAACAAUUGCAACUGACGAUAAAGGUGUUUUUAACACGUGCUUAUCAAAGGAAUUAGAGAUACUAAAUUCUGUUUUUAAUAUUGGAAGAAAACAGCUUAAAGAAUUGUCUAUAUUAUCUGUACAAUAUAGUUUUGCAAGUACAGAGGAAAAGAAAAGUUUAACAGCAAUUAUCGAAAAUUUUGAUUAAUGAAUAAGUAGCUUGCGAUCAGAAGAAUUAGAAAAACUUUAGCACCGGUUUCAAGAAAAUUGAUCCAUUAAUAAAAAAUUAAAUCUAGAUCCCCGAAAAAUUAGAAAAAUUUUAGUACCAGUUUCAAGAAAAUCUAUUAAUAAAUGAGUAGCUCGCGAUCUGACGGACAGACAUUAGUACUUAUUAUUUCCCGAAAAAUUAGAAAAAUUUUGGGACCAGUUUCCAAAAAAUCCAUUAAUAAAAAAUUAAAUUCAU